AUGCAAGAUGCCGAGAUAAAUCGGCUCUGGGGAGAAAGCCAUUUCGACUUAAGGGCCGGAAGGCUAUAUCUGCAGCUGGCUGGCUCCGUCUUGUUCGUCUCGGAUGAUGCCACUAUUCCACCCGACGAAUCGGUCCACAGGCAAGAACCAGGAAAUCUUGGGAGGCUAUCCUGUCCAUUUCAAAGUACCGAUGGCGCAGGCGAGGAUACAAGUCUCGAAUUGAAUGAUGCACACUUAUUCACUUUUAUCGACUUCUCGUGGAAGGUGAUUACAGGGGCCUAUGAAGUCUACAAAUCGCCCAAUGGAACGACCUCCGAGAACGCCUGCAUCAGCACAAUCCUUGCAGACCUCCAAGAAGCCACGGAAGGUUUAAUUUCUGAUGUGGAAGGAAAAACCAAACACAAAAAGGCUCUAAUCGUCCUCGCCGACAACUGCCACGACUUGUCCCAGGACUUCUCGAAAAUCCUAGAGAAACUUAAGGCCACCGAAAAGAACUCGAAGUGGCAAAGUCUCAAAGUAAAACUGGCAAGCAUGAGGAAAGAGAAAGAGAUAGCGUCUAUUGAGAAGAGGCUGGAUAGCUACCGAUCACAGAUUCUCCUCCGGGUGAACUUCAUUCUCUGGUACGAGUCCGCUGCUGUCUGUAUACACCUAUUACUAACCUUGAAUGACAGUGAGCGACAGUCAUCCACCAAGACGCAGCUUGACAGGAUGGAGAAUGAAGGAUUACAGAUGCGUACCGAAAGUGCAAGCCAGCUCGCUGGUCUUCGAAAAGAACUAGGGAAGGCGAUUCAAAAGCUACUAAAGGAACAAAAAGAGGACGCGGAAACCCGACAAAUAAAUGAAGCGGAGCAGAUAAAAUUAUUGACAGAGAUUCGCUCUUCUCUGUCUAGAUUGCAGUCAAUGACGACAUCCAUGUCGCGAGAGAAUCGUGUUCUGCGUCGGCUAUAUUUCAAAUCUAUGAAUAGCCGCGAGGACAAUAUCACAGACGCGGAGAAAGGAACUUUCAGAUGGUUUCUCGAAGACCGAAGCGAUUGCGCAGCCAGUGUCACAGGGGAAAAUGAUGACGAAGAACCAGUAAUGCGACAACGUACGCGACACUCUUUCCUGAAGUGGCUUAAUUCAGGCGGUCAGAUUUUCUAUAUUUCUGGAAAAGCCGGGUCUGGGAAGUCUACUCUACUGAAAUUUCUCUUUCAACAUUCCCGUGUUCGACGAGAGCUUGAAGACUGGGCCUGCGACAAAAAGCUGGUUUUUGCGAAUUUCUUUUUCUGGAACUCUGUGGACAAACUAACAGAUGUCACUUGA